AUGGAGGCCACCGGGUCCACACAGUCUGUCCAGCUGGGCCUGAAGGGACACCAGGUUACUGAUGGAUCCUGCACACCAUGCCCUGACAGUGCUACACCUCCUGAGGUCAAAGUUCGCCACAGUUCUGUCAGUCUACCUGUUCUUAACCCAGAGAGACUGAGGACAGCCAAAGCCCUUGUGGAAAAAGCUGUUAAGAUGCACAGGGUAUUCUCUGUCCAGGGCCCUUACCCUGUCAUCAGGAAGGCACUGAGGGCCAGAGGCUGGAUUGAGCAGCGUGUGCACCGCCCCAACCAACAUGCACGCCGGCGUCACAAUGAUGCUAGUGACAGUGACGACGAUGAUGACAACUCAGACGAAGUCGAAAAAGAGGAGGAGCUAGACGAACUUUAUGAUCUUAUGUCUCGCCUGGUGCGAAAUGAAAUGGUUUAUUUUUAUUGGACAAACAGUAGACAUGCCAUCAAAACAGACAUUUUGCAGAAAGAACAGAUUGCCAAUCAUUUCGCGAAAGCAGGCAGCUUCACCACCAAGGUGGGGUUGUGCGUAAACCUGAGGAACCUGCACUGGUUUGAUUCAGCUGACCCAGACACCUUCUUCCCUCGUUGUUACAGACUAGGAGCGCAGGAUGAGAAGCAUGCUUUCAUUGAAGACUACAGGAGAACAGCCUGCACCAGUCUUUUGAAGUACAUCGUGGAGAGGGAGCAGGGUGUUCAGGGAGAGGGAAUGAGCCACAACAUUUGGGCUGUUCAGGAUAAGAGGAGAUGUAGCAGACAGCGAUCCAAACCCAUGGUCUUUUCCCAAAUGAUUGACAGCGCACUCAAAGUGUGUCAGCAGUUCCUGGAGAGUUUGGAGCACAGUGACAUAGACAUAAGCUUGGAGACACCACAAACACUUACAAGGGACGAGUGGGCACGGUUUAUUGACAGUUAUUACCUUGUUGUUCAUGAUGGAGCAGAGAUAGAGAGAAGUGAUCAUUUGGUCAAGUGCUGCAAAGCCAUGCUGCAGAGGCUGAGUGAGGUCAGUCCACAGCUGGACAUCGAUGGCAUACACAAUGUCUGGAUCAUCAAACCUGGAGCAAAGUCUAGAGGCAGAGGUAUCAAAUGCGCCAAGCGUCUGGACCAGAUCCUCAGCCUGGUGAAUGGUGAUCCAAUUCUAAUUAAGGAAAACAAGUGGGUGGUGCAGAAGUAUCUGGAACGGCCCUUGCUGGUCCAUGGCACCAAGUUUGACGUGCGCCAGUGGUUCCUGGUCACCGACUGGAACCCUCUGACCGUGUGGUUCUAUAAAAAGUGCUACUUACGAUUUUCUACUCAGCCUUACUCACUAGAUACACUGGACAGCUCUGUCCACCUGUGCAAUAACUCCAUCCAGAAGCACCUGAGGCCCUCCCAACAGCGACAUCGAGGCAUCCCAGCAGGCAACAUGUGGUCAGAUGACCAGUUCAGAACCUUUCUGUCCAGCCAGGGCCGGGAAGCUCAGUGGCAGACUGUGGUAGUACCAGGAAUGAAGAAUGCCAUCAUACAUGCAUUACAGACGGCACAGGAUCUGAUGGAGUCACGCAAAAACACCUUUGAGCUCUAUGGUGCUGACUUCAUGUUAGGACGUGAUCUGCAUCCAUGGCUGAUAGAAAUCAAUGCUAGUCCCACCAUGGCUCCCUCCACCCCUGUGACAGCCCGACUCUGUACUGCUGUUCAGGAGGAUACGUUACGAGUCGUCCUGGACCGGAGAGCUGACCGCACCGCAAAUACAGGAGACUUUCAGCUCAUAUAUAGACAGGCAGCAGUAGAAGUACCACAGUAUGUAGGAGUAAACCUACUUGUUGAGGGCUUCAAGAUCAAAACCCCCUGCCAACUCCCUCCACUGAGGUCCUCCAACCGUUCAGCACCAAAACAUCGUGGCCCUGUCAAGGAGAAGGAGCCUGCAGCAGAAAAAGUAAAGCCUCUACCUAAGAUGGUGUCGAAGAGUGCAGAGACUCAGCUCAAAAAGACCAGCAGUGGGGUUCUGCCACCUCCUCCUCUCCCACCUGAGCCACCUCUGCCUGUCCCAGUUCAAACCAUCACACUUCGCCUGCCAAUGACUGUCAACAAGUCCAUCCACCUGCCCAUUAGUACCCAGUCAUACGCUGUAUCUUUGUGGAAAAGGAGACCAGAGGUAUCAAAACUCUGCUCAGACAAACUCCAUCCCUGUACCACAGAGAAGUACCAAGGUCCCUCUUUACCAUCGGAGGUUACCAUUUCAAAACAGUCCAGACAAGCAGUCACCAGCACCUUGAGUGCCUAG